AUGAGAAAAACCACGAGAACCGAGAGUUUUUUCCCACUCAAAUUUUCAAUUAUUGUUCCACUCAUCCUGACGAACGAAUUCCCCACAAACUCCAGCCGAAGAACAACGAUCGAUGGAUGCUGAGCAACGAAAAAGUGCGAAUCCAGAGGAAUAUCUUCUAGUCGAGUGAUCCAAACAUGGUCUUGAGAGCUGGAUUGCGAUAAUUCUCGACGAAAAUUCAGGGUAAUUUAUGCUAUGGCGACUCCUCCACGAGCAUCACUACUCGGCUUCCAGGAAUAUUUGCGAAUUGAAGUCACAAGAGUCGUCAGAAACCGAGGGUACCUAGAGUUGUAGAGUCGAGAGCACUUGGAAUGAGUGCGUGAAGUGUUCUUUUCACUAGAAAUCCCCUCUCUCCACGAUCCCCAGUUGGAUCCAGUCCCCCACCCCUGAGAAACGCUGAGGAUCGAGUGGAUUUCGACGAGAGACGCCCUCGCUGGAGCCCCUCGAGGGGGCUAGAGAGCGUCGCGAUCGACCGUGUGAGUGUCCCUCGUUCUGUUUUUGGAGCAGCCGUCAGAAAUCGAAGGAACAAUUGAGUUUUUUGGAGAAUUUGUGGCUUAGUGAUCGCCCGAGUCGGUUGAUACUCAUCAAAAUGGGACGACGGUCUAUCAAUACCACCAAGAGUGGGAAAUACAUGAAUCCUACUGAUCAAGCUCGUAAGGAAGCUCGCAAGAAGGAACUCAAGAAAAACAAGAAGCAACGUCAACUGGUGAGGGCAGCAGUGCUGAAGGGCAAGGAUCCAGCCCAAAUCAUAGAGGAAAUGGAGAAGAUUGAUCAAAUGGAGUAUAACGUCAUGCAGCCACCGCCUCUCAACGAGAAAGUGCUGAAAGAUAAACGGAAAAAGCUCAAGGAGACUUUAGAUCGAGUGCUGAAAAUGUAUGCCAAAGACGAUCACGAGAAGUGGGCAGAGUUGAAAGAGCAGUUGAUUCAGUACGAAAGAAGACGAAUUGAUCUGGUGUCUUAUUUCGAGGCUGUCAAACAUGCUCAACAGGUCCAGGUCGACGAGAUUCCACUGCCAUCGCCGAAUACUGACAUGUCCAGGAUAUAUCCAGUAAAAAUUCUUUCAGGAGCCAUGACAUCACAGAUUCCCCUGCCCGACCUGCCCCAGCCCCCAGCCCACAUCUACCCUCCACAUUCCCACUACAUACCGCAGCACCACCCGUUGAUGGCCAUCCCCAUACCGCCCAGUAUUCUCAAGAAAACUAGUGUCUACUCUGCUGCAACAACAGUGUCCAUCCUGGCUCCUAGUAAAGAACCUCCAGGGGUACCUCCAUAUCCACCACCUGACAUUGCCGGUGAGGAUGAGGAGUCGUCAGAUAAGUCCAUAACUUCAUCCCAGAAGUCUCGAACAAUAAGAUUCGCAGACGACAAAGACGAGAAUAAAUCGUCAUCAGAGAAGGAGCAAAAUUCCCAGAAGGAAAAGGGUCAGGAGAGGGAACUGGAGAAAGUCAAGCCGACGACAUUGCAACAGAAGAUGUUGGCGAUGGCUGGACAGGACAUAGACCAGUUCAUGAGGGAGAUGGAGGUCGUCCACAAGAAGAGGGAGACCGAGAGAGCGCAGGAUCUGAACGCCAGGCUGUCCCUACUGGAUGCCGACACCGAUGGAAAGUCUUCGAAGGUCAAUAAUGGACAGGAGAAUAAGAAGACUGAAGCUGCUGAGGCGUCCUCGGAGGCCAGUCGAUCCUCUCAGGGCUCUCAACAGUCUACGAUACAUCUGCAACAGCAGCAUGGAAUGCCACCGAUGGGCAUGCCUCCACCACCUUUGAUGUAUCGUCCACCACCUCCUCCCAUGCAUCUGCGAAUGCCACCACCACCACCGCCCAGGAUGGGACUGCGACUUCCACCAGGGCCACCACCAGGAAUGCCUCGAUUACUUCGACCAGGGCCCCCAAGCAUGCCCCGCAUGCCGCCACCCCUUCAAAUGCAGAUUCACAAUCUCUCGGGCAUUCCAAAUCUCUCAAAUUCGCACAUGCACUCCGUUGCGAGUGGCAAUGCCAUUCAAGCGAAGCAACCCAAUGUACUAUCAGCUGCGCCCCAGCUCAUAAAUAGAAACGAAAAGGACGGGAAGAGCUCCACAACGAUCGAGGCCAAACCCCAGAUAAGAAAUCUAGCUGCAGAUGUCACGAGAUUUCUGCCGACAUCUCUCAGAGUCAAGCGCGAAGAUAAAAAGAAGACAGGUAACAGCAUUGUCUCCAGGUUACCGGACAGAAUACCCGAGAUUCAUUCAGCCAGGUCGUCACAACCUAAAACCAAGGACGAUGCGUACAUGCAAUUUAUGCAGGAAAUGGAAGACUUGUUGUAGUGUUUUUAUUCGAGGGAUGAUUAUGAUUAGAUAGUUUUUCAUAUGAGUCAUUAUGCGAUUGAUUCCUUUUUGAAUGAUGGAUUGCAGUCAAUUAUGGUAUAUUGGAAUUCCUAAUAAAAUAACGUUUGAAAGA